AUGAAGGAAAGGGAUUUGCAGGAAAGGGGCACAGCUCUGGUGGUGCAGGAAAGGGGCAUAACUCUGGUGGUGCAGGUAAGGGACACAACUCUGGUGGUGCAGGAAAGGGACACAACUCUGGUGGUGCAGGAAAGGGACACAACUCUGGUGGUGCAGGAAAGGGACACAACUCUGGUGGUGCAGAAAAGGGACACAACUCUGGUGGUGCAGGAAAGGGACACAACUCUGGUGGUGCAGAAAAGGGACACAACUCAACUCCCAGUGGCGAAUGUCUGUGUGACAGUCAGUGCCAGUGGCGAGUGUCUGUGUGACAGUCCCAGUGGCGAGUGUCUGUGUGACAGUGACAGUUGCCAUUGUCUGUGUGACAGUCCCAAUAGUGAGCGUCUGUGUGACAGUCCCAAUAGCGACUGUCUGUGUGACAGUCCCAGUGGCGAGUGUCUGUGUGACAGUCCCAGUGGCGAGUGUCUGUGUGACAGGCCCAGUGGCGAGUGUCUGUGUGACAGUCCCAGUGGCGAGUGUCUGUGUGACAGUGACAGUUGCCAUUGUCUGUGUGACAGUCCCAAUAGUGAGCGUCUGUGUGACAGUCCCAAUAGCGAGAGUCUGUGUGACAAUCCCAAUAGCGAGAGUCUGUGUGACAGUCCCAAUAGCGAGCGUCUGUGUGACAGUCCCAGCGACGAGCGUCUUCCCAGUAUCGAGUGUCUGUAUGACAGUCCCAGUAUCGAGUGUCUGUGUGACAGUCCCAGUAUCGAGUGUCUGUGUGACAGUCCCAUUAGGGAGUGUCUGUGUGACAGUCCCAAUAGUGAGCGUCUGUGUGACAGUCCCAAUAGCGAGAGUCUGUGUGACAGUCCCAGUAUCGAGUGUCUGUAUGACAGUCCCAGUCGCGAGUGUCUGUGUGACAGUCCCAGUAUCGAGUGUCUUUGUGACAGUCCCAUUAGGGAGUGUCUGUGUGACAGUCCCAGUAUCGAGUGUCUGUGUGACAUUACCAAUAGAGAAUGUCUGUGUGACAGUCCCAGUAUCGAGUGUCUGUGUGACAGUCCCAGUAUCGAAUGUCUGUGUGACAGUCCCAGUAUCGAGUGUCUGUGUGACAGUCCCAGUAUCGAGUGUCUGUGUGACAGUCCCAAUAGCGAGUGCCUGUGUGACAGUCCCAGUAUCGAGUGUCUGUGUGACAGUCCCAUUAGUGAGUGUCUGUGUGACAUUACCAAUAGCGAAUGUCUGUGUGACAGUCCCAGUAUCGAGUGUCUGUAUGACAGUCCCAGUAUCGAGCGUCUGUGUGACAGUCCCAGUAUCGAGUGUCUGUGUGAUAGUCCCAGUAUCGAAUGUCUGUACGACAGUGCCUGUGGCGAGUGUCUGUGUGACAGUCCCAGUAUCGAGUGUCUCUGUGACAGUCCCAGUCGCGAGUGUCUGUGUGACAGUCCCAGUAUCGAGUGUCUGUGUGACAGUCCCAGUAUCGAGCGUCUGUGUGACAGUCCCAGUGGUCAGCGUCUGUUUGACAUCCCAGUACCCCCAUGUACAACCCUCCCCAACACCUCUCCUUCCCUGUCACCUCACCCAAAGGGCCAUGAAGACUACAAUCAAUAA